CCCUCCCUCAAUCUCUCUACCACCACAACCAAACUAAAGCAAAGCAUGCCAGUCCCAGGAUUUUUAUCGUCGUUCGCUGACAAGGCGCAGAGCGCUAUCAACAGCACACCCCUCGCGCAGCAUAUUCCCGGUGCUCGUCCAGUCACGCCUAAUACCAGUGGCGGAGCGUCUGGGGAUGCGAGCGGGAACACGGGUGGUGCUAAGAACCAUACCUUGGAGCAACUCCAACAUCAUUUCAGGACGUUCCAGCAGCAGUAUACCAGUACGAGUACUCCCGUGCAGAGGAUCGUCACGACGGGCAAGGGUGUUGCGCUUGACUUUGAGACCGUCAAUCGCGAUGCGCAGGCAAACAGCAAGGAGCUCUAUACGUGGGGCCAGGGCGAUGCUCCAGAUGUUCGCGACAUUUCCGACCGUCUUGCAUUCAUCAACUUUGUAUCUGGAUCGCUCUCAAAUGGCCUCGCUCUGAAGCUCGACGCAGCCCGGGCACCUUUCAAGCAGCUCCGCGAUAAGGAGACUGCCCUUGCCCCUCGUCGCACCGCACGUGCCGGUCUGCAGAGCCAGAUCGGCCGCAUCGAGGCUGGGCAGGAGAAGGGUUACGAGAAGCGGUUAGUCGAUCUUAGGGCGCAACUGACGAAAGCGGAGAGGGACGAUGAGGCUGCUGAGCGGGAGUUUGAGAUCUUGAAGAGAAAGGCGUUGAAGGAGAGCGAGCGGUUGAAGUGGGAAGCUUUCCGCGAGUACGGAGAGAAGCUAUCUUUGCUCUCGCAGGCGUCCGAAUCUAUACUCACUCAUCUGCCCUCGGUCCCCGGCUCUUACAAUAGCACUGAGGAGACCGGUGCCAUCCGCGCCACUCUCCAACAUGCCCUUGACCACUGGAAGCCAGGACAGGUCACCCUCUCCGCUUCUGAAGGAGCAAACCUUGACCGCUCCCAUACCCGUAGUUUCGGCGAGACCCACGCUCGCGAGCUCGCCCAUAUCAACCCCACCCAACCCUCCCCGACUACACUCCCCGUGACGCCACCCCCCACAUCGAUGACCUUUGCUGAUGCCAAGUCUACCGAGACCGUGACUACUGCUAAGUCGCCUUCACUCGAUGGCGUUCAUGUGCCUGCCCCCGUUCCCCUUCAGACCAGCGCAUUGUCGUCUAGCCCGUCGAACCCUGGUUCUAACAAUAAGAUUUCGCCCAUCGCUAUUCCAAGUGCCGGGCCCCGCUCUUCGCAGCCGAAAUCGAGCGCCAUUAACACGGCAACGCUGAACACCGCUCCCGCCAACAUUCCAAACUCGGCUUCCCCUCCCGCUGGCGGUGUGCUGUCUCCCAAGGACACCGUCGAUCCAACAUCGACGGAUGCGGUGACCGUGCCUUCUGUCACCCCUACUGUCGCCGAGACGGGCAUCCCUGUGGCUGCUAGCCCGAAUGGCCCUGGUCCUUCCAGUGGAUCGUUGCGCGAUCUUAAACCGUCAUCGCCUACCGGACAAGCACACCGUGACAGCACUAGCUCGAUGAGCAGCAUCAGUGCAGUCACCCAUGGUGGCGCCGCUCUACCUACACUCUCCGAGGAGACCAGAACACCAGCUGGUGGCCUUAUAGGCGAUGCGCAACCGAAGUUCGAGAGCGCCGAGGAAGAGAAGAAGAAGUUGCAGAGGGAAGAGCGGGAGAGAUUGCUCCAUGAGGAGUCAUCGUCUGCUGGGCCGCCUCCGUUCGAGAGUGCGGAAGAAGAGAAGAAGAGGCUGGAGCGGGAGGAGAGGGAGAAAAUUCUGCACGCCGCCGGUGGACCGAAUCCUGAUGUCGGGAAGCCAGGAGAUGAUGGCCCGCCUCCGUACCAGGAUUUCUGAACGGUGAUUUCGGUGAAGGAUUAUCAUCAUCUAACGGGUUCGUGAACGGUUUCUCCUGAUGUGUACGAUAUAGGGCGGACCAAAGGUGGUCUAUGAAUGGACACAUAUGUUCUUACUAUACCGGAGAAGCUUCAUCGAUUGUGCCAGUACCUGUAGAAAAUACAUUGGUUGUUGUUUGCCUAGGG